UACAGGUCAGUCAGUGACAAUAACAUGUGUUGAGUAAUUUUAUAACGUUGCCUUUGUAACAGCAAAGAUGAGUGUCAACUUUGUAGAUUAUUUCGCCAACGAACACAAUGGAUACGAUAUUUUAUAUCAAAACAUGAAAUACGGACUCAUAGCUAGUAAAGAACUCUCGGAGUAUCUUAGAGAACGAUCCAAUAUAGAGGAGUCGAACUCGAAACUUUUAGCGAAGCUAGCGAAACAAGCUAACAGUAACUGUGCCCAAGGUACUUUCGCUCCCUUUUGGGGAGUGCUCAAGUGUUCGGCAGAAAAAUUGUCGAAUUUACACCAGCAUAUGUUCCAAAAAGUAAGUGAACUGGUUAAAGAUGUAGCCCGCUAUGCUGAAGAAUUACACAAAAAACAUAAAGCUGUGAAAGAUUCGGAAUCAAGCACUCUCGAAGUUGUUUUAUUGAUUCAAAACACUAAGCAAGCUUUACAAAAAGCUAAAGAUGUGUAUACAACAAAAUCUGCUGAGUUAGAAAAGCUACGGAAGGAUAAUGCUUCAGCAAAAGAUAUUGAAAAAGCUGAAGUGAAAAUAAAAAAGCUUCAUGAGGACUAUAGACAGCUGGCUGAGAAGUAUAACUUUGUAAAGCAGGACUUUGAAAAGAAAAUGACACAAACAUGCAAACAUUUCCAAGAUGUAGAGGAAGCACAUCUCAAACAAAUGAAACAGUUUGUUAACUCAUAUGCAGACCUUAUACAGAAUAACCAUGAUCUGAUGGGACAAGUGCACAGAGAUUUUAAGCAUCAAUGUCUUGAAUUGACUGUUGAAAAACUAUUGGAGCAGUUCUUAAUAGAAAAGUAUACUGCAAUAGAAAAAGGGAAUCUUGUGGAUCUACCUCUGUCAUUACCAAAGCCAAGUUCAGCAAAUAAUUCAAUAUCUGAAGCUGAUCAGAUUUCUUCUGUAUCCAAUGGUUCACACAAACCUGCUCAGGUAGCUAAAGCUCCUAAAAAGGAGCCAUCUUUUGCAACUAAAACCUCAAGAAGAACUACCUCUCUUUUAAAUUUGUUUACCCCAAAUUUCCAAAGUAAAGAUGAACCAAGUACUAAUCCUGAAGGUGUUGCACCCUGUUCAGCACCUUCAAGUCCAAGUGGUACUCCAGCAACACCGGUUACCACCGAAAAAGAUGACAACAUGAACAGAACCACCCUGCGAGAAUCAAAGUGGUUCCGUAGAACAAAGACGAAAUUGAAAAAGGCCAAAAAGAAGAAGGAUGAAAUAUCAGAGAACUCAAAUGCUGGUGAGAAAUCAGAUUUGGAAGAAAAGGAAGAAGAGGCUGCUACCAAGGAGGAUUUAAUGAAUUCCCCUGAAGUUGACGAAGAGGGUUACUGUAUUAGACCUAAAGAUGAAAAGGGGAGUGUCUAUUCAUCAACAGACUCAGAUUCCGAUGAAGAAAGGGAACAAAAGAUUCAUGUGGAGAUUAAACCUAUCAGUAAUGGUAAUCCACCUAUGUCUGCAAGUGUCGAUGAGCUGAGGGCGACAGUAGAGAAUAUAUCUCUUUACAAAAUAGGAACUACACGCCGUGGUUCAAAUGCCAAUGCCAGUAAAGCAAGUAGUGACCUUGUAGAUUUGAACUCUUUUCCAAGUCCCAAUGUAAGUAAUCCCACUUCACCUCAUGGUAAUGUAUCAAAUCCUUAUGCACCUUUACAAGGAAAUCCAACACACUUGCUUGAAAGUCCAACUCCUGUAACUUCUACAACAGAUGCUGGCGAUCUUUUUACUGAGGUAGGGGAAGUUGUUCAGUCUAAUUUUAGAACGUCAACACCCACUAUUUCUACUAUUUCACUUCCUCGCCCACCGUCGAGGCGUUCAGAGGGUGACUUCCGAACUGCGGGAUCAUCGGGAUCGAGAGGUCCCUCUCCACUGACUAUAGGCAUGGCAGAUACUAUUCCAUUAGCUGUUGCAUUUCAUGAAAUUAUUCAUUCAUAUUUCAGAGGCACUGAGGAAUCCAAGUGUCAAGUUAAAAUGUCUGGUGAUAUGAUGCUAUCAUUCCCAACAGGAAUCGUUGGAGUUUUAGCCAACAAUCCAAAUCCUGCCAAACUUUGCUUUAGGCUGAAAAACAUACACAGAUUGGAUAAUGUUUUGCCAAAUAAGCAGCUUAUCAGCAUAAACACAAUGAUGUCUACCCGCGAUAGUACUGUAUUGGAAUUCAAUAUGCCCGCAUUGACAUCAUUAUUGAAACGACAAUCGGAGAAAAAUCCGACGGCUCAGUAUUUCAACGUUGAUAUUUUGAAAUACCAGGUACGGCCGAAAACAGGCGCCGCUUCCUGUCCUCUGCAAAUGGUGUCAUAUUGGAAGUGUGAACAAGACCACACUGAUCUAAAAGUGGAUUAUAAGUACAACUUGCAUGCUAUGAGUCCUCCAUCACCACUGCUGAACGUAUCAGUCUGUGUGCCUAUGACAGGCUCAGUCCGGAAUGUCAUAGCCAUGCCGAAAAAUAUCUGGAACGCUGAGACAGAGCAAGCACUGUGGCGGUUCACAGAACUGUCUCAACACACUGAAGACAGGGGCGUUGGGUCCCUGAAGGCGAGGUUCGAGUUGAAUAAAGGGCCAUCGAACAAAACGACGAUUUCAGCACAAUUUAAUUGCGAAGGCGCUACGUUAUCGGGCAUCGAGUUUGAGCUAAUCGGGAGCGGGUACCGCCUCUCGCUCGUAAAGCGACGUUUCGUUUCUGGCAAAUAUAUUUGUGAUAGUGAAUUACACUGAUAUUUGUUUUAUCAUUUAAAAAUGCUGGAUGUAAAUUUGUACAUGAGGCAUAGUUUUGGAAAAUUUCUUAUGUUUUGUACCUUAUAGGACUGUUUCCUGUCCACAAAAGAUUUGUUUAAUUCAUGUUAGUUGUCAAUUUCGAUAUUAAUCAUAGUUAUAGUUACUUAAUAUAAUUAACAGCAUUUUAUAUUACAAUUGUAAUCUGUAUUCACUGCUGAACUAACUUAUUUCU